GGCUCGGCUCCAAUCUUCACGGGACGCGCUCCGGCCCCCGCCUUGCCUGCGGCUGCCCCAUGGACCCGGCCGGCCGGAGCCGCGGGCUGAGCAUGCUAAGCGGGCGCCGACCCGGCUGCGGACCCGGAGGGGCAGGCUGCGACCUGAGGACUCCUUUCCGUUCAACUUGCAUGUGAGAUCUGCCGGAGCUAGAAGGAAUCUAAAGCCAUCACCAUGGAUUUUGUUAUGAAACAAGCUUUAGGAGGGGCUACCAAAGACAUGGGGAAGAUGUUGGGAGGAGAUGAAGAGAAAGAUCCUGAUGCUGCCAAGAAGGAAGAGGAACGACAAGAAGCCCUGAGGCAGGAAGAGGAGGAAAGAAAAGCCAAAUAUGCAAAGAUGGAGGCUGAAAGGGAGGUGAUGCGACAAGGGAUUCGUGACAAGUACGGGAUAAAGAAGAAGGAAGAAAGAGAAGCUGAGGCCCAGGCCGCGCUGGAAGCCAAUGUCGAGGGGAGUCUGACGCGUCCAAAGAAGGCCAUACCCCCUGGCUGUGGGGAUGAGGAAGAAGAGGAAGAGGAGAGCAUUCUAGACACAGUCAUCAAAUAUCUACCUGGCCCUCUUCAAGACAUGUUCAAGAAGUAACGGCUGCAGCCUGUUGGACUGUCAUGAACAGUAAAGCAAUGGAUUUCUCCAGUGAGAAUUUACAAUCUUGCCACACAUCACACAACCCCACCCUCUUCCCCCACUCUAACCCCCCGACCUCUCCCCUGGCCCCCUGAGAUUCCAUCCAUUCUUAUUUUGUACAUAGUCGCAUCCAGUAGACGCCUCUGAAUGGGUGUAAGGAUUAACGAGCUGCAGUCUACACAACUUUUAUUAUAAGCCAUAGUACUAUGUAUGUUAAAUAAGGCAACUGUACAUUAAACAGAGCAAAGGAAAAGCCUCAUGUUUGUUUCCAUCCAAAGCAGGAGGAAUGGUCACGAACAGGGAGCAGUGGCUUCUUUUAUUUUCCUUAAUUAUUAUUAUAAUUUUUAAUAUGAUCGUUGAUCAAGCCACCCUGGCUGUUCAUUGUUGGGUACAUCUCUUGUAGCAAGGGAUGCCUCCAUCUCCCAUGGAAACAGACCUUUUCUGUUUUAUUCCAUAACCUUCAUAAAUAAGAGAUCAUUUGAAAAAUGAACCAUGUGCAGCUCCUGUCUCCAACACCGUUCUCAGAGCUGUGGAAGAGCUGAGCCUUCUGCACCAGGUGUUCAUGGUAGAAACCAACCGCCUCAGAAUCUAAGCAAGAGUCUUGUUGCUUUGGGAAUAGCCAUACAAAGAAUAGCAUGACCAGCGUGUAGUGUGGAUGGUGCUGUCUUUAGAUCUAGGCCAGACUGGUUCGCUAGUGUUGUAGUACCGGAUGUCCCAACCCAGGGGCCUUAGAAGCUCACCACUGAGUGGAGUGGAUACUUAGACUCUCCAACCUUCCUUUUUCGGCAAAGAUUCCCCAGUGGCUUAUUCAAUCCUGCUGUUCCCAGCUGUGUUUCCAGGAAUAGCAUUCCAGCUCCAGCAAAUGCUCUGUUCCCCCAGGUGGCAUCAGAGAGGGGUGGGCUUCUGGUCAGAGAGCAGGCCCAGGAGGCAGGAACUGCUUCUGAGUUCUAGUCUUAAUUCUGACUCUGAUUCCCUCUGUGACCUCGAACAAGUCACUUAACCUCUCUGUCCCAGUCCCCUCAUCUAUACACUGGAGAUAAUAAUACUUACC